AUGUUGCCGCCACUUGGGCAGCUACCAUUUCUGAAGAAGCUUAAAAUUUCAGGAUUUGAUGAAUUGGUGAAAGUAAGCAAUGAGUUUUAUUGUGGUGGUUGUUCAGUGCCAACUAGGCCAUUUAGAUGUUUAGAAUCGUUAUAUAUUUAUGAUAUGAAAAAGUGGGAGGAGUGGUCAUUCUUUGAAGAGGAUGGAGAUGGCGCUUUUCCUAAGCUUGUGAUAUUUAAUUUGGAAAAUUGUCCAAUAUUAAAUGCACGUAUAUGCUUUCCCAUUACAAUAGAAGAAGUCAAAAUACGUGGAUGCAGAAAAUUUGAGUUUUCUACAAAGCAGCAGGAACAGCACGCUCAUCUAAGAAAUCUUGGAGGAUUACAUAUCCAAGCAUAUGAGGAUGCUUGUAUUGCGUUAGACUACAUCACAAUGGUUACAAGUUUUAUUCUGGAAGAUUGUUGGAAUCUGAAGUCCCUCACAUAUUUGCAGCAACCUGCUGCGACCCUUUCUCUGAAAACGUUGAAACUAAUAUUGUGCGUAAAGUUGGAGUCAUUUCCCAGAGGAGGAGUGCAUGCCCCAUGCCUGGAAGAGUUAGAGAUUUUAUAUUGCUGCAAGUUGAAAUCACUGCCAGAGAACAUGCAAACCCUUCUUCCAUCUCUGCAUAUAUUGGAUAUAAAAGGAUGUCCAGAAGUAGAGUCAUUUCCAGAAUGCCCAAUGCCCUCCAAUUUACAACGACUUCAAAUUUACGAAUGUGAUAAGUUGUUGGCAAGCCGUAGGCACUGGGAUCUACAAACACUCACUUCUCUUUCAAUCGGAGACAUUGAUGAACUAGUGUUGGAUUCAUUUCCAGAGGAGGGGUUGUUGCCCGACACUCUCAUUAACCUCUCCAUCGUCUCGCUUCCACUCCUUGAAGCCCUCAAUGGCAAGGCCUUGCGACACCUCUCCUCACUUGAACAAUUGGAGAUUUCAUUAUGCGAUGAGCUGAAGUGCUUGCCAGAAGAAGGGCUGCCCACCUCUCUUUCUGUGUUGGAUAUCAAUGAAUGUCCUUUACUAGAACAGCGGUGCCAAAGAGAGACAGGAGAAGACUGGCCCAAGAUUGCCCACAUCCGUCACAUAAAAAUCGACCAGCAGGACAUAUGA